AUGGGUCUGCUCUCUUUGUGGUGCUCUGAGGGUGCCUACCUUAGGUCCUUUGCUCGAUUUCUGCUGGGAUUCCUAGGCUUCAUCUUCUGGGGUACUGCUGCAGCUCAGAUGUUUGGUGGAGUUUCAGUGAUCCUGAUGCUCAAGAACUACAGAUGUUUAUUUCAGGAGUCUUACUUGUCUCUCCCUGGUUGGUUGGCUCUUGCAACUGCACUUAUGUUGCUACCUACUGGAGUUUUGGCUGUCUCUAUUUCUGUUAAGUGUUCCCGCAAACAGCAAGGGACUCUCAUGUACUUGCUGCUGCUCCUUCUUUGCUUAGAAAUGUCUUCGGCAACUCUGGCAGGUUUCUACUGUGUUAGGACAGCUUCUCAGCUGGAAAGUGCUAUGGGUUACCUUGUUCACCAGCACAAGUGGACGUGCUCCCAGGAUCCUGGAAAUGGUGCUAUGGAUGUGAUACAGAGGGAGCUGCAGUGUUGUGGGGUCCACAACUACACAGACUGGCUAAAGGCAUCAUCCUCUUUGUACUAUCCAGCUUGUGUCCCUGAAAGCUGCUGUAAGGAGGAGCAUUCUCACUGCAGGGGAGACUUAGACCAUGUGGAGCAGCUUUCUGAGGAAGGCUGUCUAAAGAAGCUGGAAGACCAAUUGUAUUUUUCCAUGCUGUACAUUUUUUGGUGUUGUACUGUGCUAAGCAUCUUGGAGCUCUUGGCUGCUGUCAGCAAUGGCAUCCUCAUGAGACGUCAGCCAUUCCAUGAACUUCGUAUUCUGGACUCGUACACCUUCUUACAGGACUAUUGGUACUAG